AUGAGCCUGAAGGGCUACACGGAUGCAGAUUGGGUGGGAGACCUUGAUGACAGAAAAUCUACAUAUGGCUAUACAUUCUUGCUGAAUGAUGACACCAUCUCAUGGAAUAGCAAGAAACAAGAUUGUGUAGCACUGUCGACAAUAGAAGUAGACCAAAAAGUAGAGCAAACAGAAGUAGCUGAACAACUGAAUCAGGAUGACACUGAUAAUAAGUUGAAUGAUCAGAAACAUAGUGAAUUGAAUGAACUUCAAAAUGAAUACCAAAAACAAUAUGGAAAUGAUAAAGUUGAAGUCAAUAUGCCUGAAAAUAACAGUGAUGAAGAUAUAAAUCAAGAGAUCGUGUUCCCUUUAAAUGUUGAUGAUCUAGGAAAUUGGGACAAAAUGCAAAAUAUUAGGGAUUUUCUAGUUGAAAGAGGUCCUAGAAAAGAUGAUGAUAUUUUGUUUCCUCUUGAUAACACCGGCAGACACUUCAAUCCAUCACAGAUCUUUUGUUUCUGUUGCAAACUAUUCAAGACUCAAAGAACCACAAUGAAACUUGGUCAUCUAGCUGACGAAGGAUACAAAGAUUGGAAGAAUAUCAGUCGAUGUCUCAGUCUUCAUGAAACUAAAAGAAGACUUCGAAAGAAAAAGACAGUUGAUGAAAAUAUACAAGUAGCAAUUAACAAGGAGAGAGAACAUUGGAAACAAGUAUUGAAGAGAAUAAUUGCAGUUGUGCAAAGAAUUACGAAGAAUAACUUGCCACUUCGGGGAGAUAAUGAGAAGCUUUAUGUUGAGAAUAAUGGAAUCUUUUUGCAGCUAAUUAAAAUGAUUGCUGAAUUUGAUCCAAUAAUGGAGGAGCACCUUCGGUGUGUUCAAGAAAGACAGAUUCAUUACACUUAUCUUGGACCCAAAAUCCAAAAUGAAUUGAUACAGAUGUUGGCGGCUGAAGUAAGAAGUUCAAUUGUUGCAAAAAUUAAACAUGCAAAGUAUUUCACUGUCAUACUUGAUUGCACUCUAGAUGCAAGUCACGAGGAGCAGAUGUCACUUGUAAUUAGAUGUGUGGAUGAUUCAGAAAAUGCAAUAGCGGUUGAAGAAUUUUGGAUUGGAUUUUUGAAAGUUAAUGAAACUUCAGGACUUGGGCUUUUUACAGAGCUUAAAAAUAUUUUGAACAAUCUCAAACUUGACAUUGAUAAUAUAAGAGGUCAAGGAUAUGACAAUGGAUCUAAUAUGAAAGGAAAACAUAAGGGUGUACAGAGUAGAUUACUUGAAAUUAAUCCUAGAGCUUUCUACACUCCAUGUGGAUGUCACAAUCUUAAUCUCACAUUAUGUGAUAUGGUGAAAUGUUGUCCUAAAGCAAUGUCCUUUUUCGGUGUAAUACAACGCAUAUAUUCAUUAUUUUCUUCUUCUACCAAGUGGUGGCAAAUCUUCAAAGAUCAUGUGCAAGGUCUUACAGUCAAGCCACUAUCACAGACACGAUGGGAAAGCCAUGUUGACAGUGUGAAGCCCAUAAAAGAUCAAACUUCGAAAAUACGAGAUGCUUUAAUUGAUUUGGCAAACAUUUCUGAUGACUCAAAAAUAAAGAGUGAAGCUGAGGGUUAG